AUGAGCUACCAGCAGCACAACAGCUACGAGAUGGGCCAGUUCUCGCUGAAUCCCUACGGGAACGGCGGGUACGCCCAGGCUCCGCAGCACGCCGCCCCUGGCGAGCUGGAGUUUGUCGCCUACAUGGAGGAGAUCCAGGACAUCAACUCCCAGCUCGACCAGUACCUGAACCUCAUCAAUUUGAUCGCCAACAAGCAGAGAAACUUCUUGCAGGACUUGGACUUGAACGAGGAGGACACCGAGUACAACCUGAAGCAGAUUGACUCGUUGGUGGCCGAGGCGCAGUCGCUCCAGGCGAAAUUGAAACAACGCAUCCGCAACGCCCAGGAAACCGCCGUCCACCAGCGCGACCAGCAGAAGUUGGACCAGGCCGACACCUGCCGCAAGCGGUUCUUGGACUUGAUCCAGGACUACCGACAAGUGGAGCUGAACAACCGCGAACAGACGAAGACUCAGGCGGAAAGACAGUACCUCAUCGUCAAACCUGAUGCUACCGACGAAGAGGUGCGCCAAGUGGUGGAGAACGGCGACAACCAAUACUUUCAACAGGCGCUUUUGCAGCUGAACCGCCGGGGUGAGGCCCGCACAGUGUUGAACGAGGUGCAAGUGCGCCACCGCGAGUUGCUCAAGCUUGAGAAGACGAUGGCGGAGUUGACUCAGUUGUUCAACGACAUGGAGGAGUUGGUGAUCGAGCAGGAGAAGCCCAUCCAGCAGAUCGAGGCCCAGGUGCAACAGGCGCAGCAUGACAUCGAGCAGGGGGCCGGCCACACCAACAAGGCGGUGAAGCUGGCGCGGGCGUGGAGAAAGAAGAAGAUCUGGUGUUUGAUCAUUUUGCUCAUCAUCGCCAUCAUCUUGGCCGCGGUGUUGGGUGGCUACUUUGGUUCCAAGUAA